AUGGAGACGCUCACCGCGGACGUGACUGCAAUGAAAGCUGACAUGGCGUCGAUGAAGGCCCAAUCCUCGUCGUCAUCUGGCGGCGGGGACAAUCGUCAUGCUGAGGGGCUGCGCGACCAGGAGUUCCACCCUAAGCACAAGAAGUGGGAUUUUUCCCGCUUCGAUGGAUCGUCCGACCCCAUGCUCUUCCUCAACAAGUGCGAGGCCUACUUUCGCCAACAUCGCACCAUGGCAGAGGAACACGUGCUCAUGGCGUCCUACCAUCUGGAUGAUGUCGCGCAACUCUGGUUCACCCAACUGCAGGACGAUGACAGCACGCCAUCCUGGGGCAAUUUCAAGGAUCUUCUCAACCUUCGGUUCGGGCCCCCUCUCCGCUCAGCGCCCAUGUUCGAGCUCGCCGAGUGCCGCCGCACGGGCACGGUGGAGGAAUACUCCAACUGCUUCCAGGCCCUCCUUCCGCGCGCCGGCAGGCUGGAAGAGGCGCAGCGGGUUCAGCUUUACACGGGCGGCCUCCUUCCGCCGCUCAGCCAUGCCGUCCGCCUCCACCACCCAGAGACUUUGGCCGCCGCCAUGAGCCUGGCGCGCCAGGUGGAACUAAUGGAGCAGUCGCGGCCGGCUCCGACGCUUCCCCGAGCGCCCCAGCGCGGCCUCCUGGCCGCUCCAGCGCCCAGACCAGCGCUCCCUGCCCCCCAGCAACCGUUGGCACUGCCGGCUCCCCUGGCCGCCAACCAGCAGGGUCGCGCCGAGGGCGCAAUCCGCCGCCUCUCCAAAGACGAGAUGGCGGAACGUCGUCGACAGGGCCUUUGCUUCAACUGCAAUGAGCCGUACACCAGGGGCCACAAUCGCUUCUGCAAACGACUCUUCUUCGUGGACGGGGUGGAGGUCGACGACAUCGAGGACGCCGCGGACGCUGGGGACCAAGCCGCGGGGACGGACGCGCCCUGCUACUCCCUCCACGCCGUGGCCGGCGUCCGGCUCAGCGACACGCUGCGCGUCCGCGUGGUGGUGGGCUCCGUCUCCCUCGUCGCUCUCCUGGACUCCGGGUCCUCCCACAACUUCAUCUCCGAGCGAGCAGCGCAACGCACGGGACUGCCGGUCGUUUCCCGACCCCGGCUGUCCGCCGUGGUCGCCAACGGUGAACGGAUCGCUUGUCCCGGCGUUCUGCCUCAGGCGCCCUUCGUCAUCCAGGGUUCGUCGUUCACGGCCGACCUCUUCAUCAUGCCCUUGGCCGGGUUCGACGUCGUUCUCGGCGCACAGUGGCUGGGCACGCUCGGGCCCGUCACUUGGGACUUCACCGCGCGCACCAUUUCGUUCCAGCAGCAGGGCGUCACGAUCCUGUGGCGCGCAGAGGCAGAACCUGGGAGCAACUCCGUCUGCACCACCACAGCCUCCCCAUCCCUCCUGGACGAGCUGCUGGCGUCGUUCGGGGAGGUGUUCGCUGAGCCGCAGGGGCUGCCUCCGCCACGUUCUCGCGACCACAGCAUCACUCUUCAGCCGGGCGCGCCACCAGUGGCGGUACGGCCCUACAGAUACCCUCCUGCGCACAAGGACGAGCUGGAACGCCAAUGCGCGGUCAUGAUGCAGCAGGGGCUGAUCCGACGCAGCUCCUCGGCGUUUUCUUCCCCGGUGCUCCUCGUCAAGAAAGCGGACGGCUCUUGGCGUUUUUGCGUUGACUACCGCGCCUUGAACGCCAUCACCGUGAAGGACGCUUUUCCCAUCCCGGUGGUGUACGAGCUGCUCGAUGAACUGCGCGGCGCCAAAUUCUUCACCAAGCUGGACCUUCGAUCGGGCUAUCACCAGGUCCGCAUGCGGGCAUCCGACAUCGACAAGACGGCGUUCCGAACCCACGAUGGCCUCUAUGAGUUCUUGGUGAUGCCGUAUGGCCUCUGUAACGGUAUCCCGUACUCCAGGAGACGCCGCGCCCGCGACGUACGCAGGGCGACCGAGCGCGCGCAGGCCAGGCCCAGCGCGUCGCAGGGGGAAGGCGCCCAACAGAUUAGGGGCUAG